AUGCCUCUACCAACCACACCUGCUGGGGCCUUGGCCCAGAGUAUUGCAGCAAAACAGCGCAGCAGUACCAUUUUUGAUGAUGCACCCCCUCUACGCCGCCCUAGUGCAUGCAGCACAGACCGGCAGACGCAGCUAUUCGUAAGAAACCUCAGAACUACUGCACCCCCAGAGAUGCGGUCUCCCUCAAUAUCCCGCUCUUCUUCAAACUUCUCAGCUCAGCUCCAGCGCCAGACACUUUCAAGGGCACAACAGAGUUAUAUGAGGACUACGAGCAGUUCUCGCAGCCGAAGCAGAAAUCCUCUUCCAGAAUGUAAUGACCUCUCCCCCCAUCAAUCUCAGCCUCAGUAUUCCUCUUCUACUCGCGUCCGUAGCCCGAGUCCAUACAGAGUGGCAUCUAUGAAUUCAGUGCCUGCUGUUGCAACGCAUUCAACAGGACGCACAGCCACACUUCGCCAAGGCCAGCCCCCCCUGCCUCGAGCCAGGCGCCCCUUUGUACAGAGGAGCGUCGAUGCGGAACAGCACUCUGCAACUCGGCAGCACCACACUGCAUGUAACCACGAUGCUCCUACUGUCGGCAAGUCUCUCUAUUCGUGGCAGGCUAAAAAGAUGCACCAGGAUUCCCUCGAAGAGCAGCAGAAGUUAAGGAGUUUAAGCAGUAGCUGGACUGUUCAGGAUCCCCUAAAAAGUGCCGGCACUAUGCGUGCAGGCUUAGGGGAAUCGGACGACGGGCCAUUGGAGCUGGAUGCUUCAGACCAAAGAGAACUGUCUCAAAUCACUGCCUCUCUCGAGAUGCACAGACUCUUUCCGCGAUCUGCGACCACGUACAGUACACAAGCAGGGACAACUCAAGGUCCUCUUGCUAGCGGGACUGUCGAUGCUGAGCCGAAAACUCGGCAACAAAACCAGACUUCAGCUGGCUUUGCGUUACUCCAGGAGUCUCAUGAGACCUCUCUCGUGCCACGGACGACGGAGCAUCAGCAGCAACGGAAGGGGAUCCUACCCCAUCUAAUUCAACCUUCAUGGCAUCAGCAGAAACUGCAACAGCAGCAGCCGCUGUCGCGUCCUUGGCCAUGUCCUCAACAGCAGGAUACUACUCCAAGCGUGGACAUCCUUGAACCUGGGAAGGCUGCAGAGGUUGGGAAAUUUAGCGGAGUUUCUGGAAGGCGGGGUGUGGGUUUAUCAACCUUUGGAGUGUCUGCCUUUGGGGAGGAAUCUCCAGAGGGAAAGGGUGCCUACAGCGGUAUGGCUAACCUCUUUGGGCUGUUCGGCUGGUGCGCACGCUUUGCCCUGGUGCUGGUUGUUUGCCUCUGGCGCCUCCUCAAUACCUCUUACGACUCCUGGAGUGCGCGACAGUUCAAAGAGUCCUUCAUGGCUCAAAUGACCGGGGAAAGCCUCAUAGGAGAAGGGCUGGUGGGCGAGCAAUCGCAGCUAGGCGUGGGGGGAAUGCGCAAGACAAAUGGCGAGGCCGGCGCAGCACUGAAAUCGCAGAGCCUGCUGCACCGCAUCACUGCACGGCAGGCGCCGCACCGACACCAGCACGAACAACAGGAUCAGAGCUGUCAUGUGCAUCGUGAUAAGAGUAUCGUUCCUGGUGGAGUUCCUCGUUCCACUUCUUUGGAGGGGUUGACGCUCUCUGAGGCACACGGAAGGAGAGGAGGUCACAGUUCUCUGCAAAGUUUCAAUGUUUGCAACGAACAGGCGGGUAUGUAUGGGUCUUUGCUGCCGAAGGCCUUGUCUCUGGCUGUUGCAGCUUUUUGCCUUGUGUGUUGGCUCUUCAUGGAAACGCCAAGGGAAGAGUUCGUAGACUUUGAUUUUAUGUGA